CAUGCGCAGCCUGUGCAAUCUAUCCAUUCUCACGACUAAAUUACUCGCGAGUCAGGACUCACGACUCAUACAGCAACAUCAUCCCAGGGAGCAGGAGCAGGAGCAGGAAGUGCACGUCUUCGUCCGCAGUCUCCGCUCAAUCGUCCGCCACCGAGGUGGGAGGUCAAUAUACACCAUGGCCCGGAAUUCUACAAAUUCUACUACCCAAGACUGCUCUUCAGAUGAGUUGGCGUUCUUCUCCAAGCAUGAAGGGGGAUUGGGGUAUCCCGUGUUAACGCUCUCCUUGUGGCAAACGCCAUCUUGAUGGCAGUCAUAGCUGUGAUAGGCGCCUACCGGCAUCGCUAUCAACACCAUCCUUUGAUCCGCUUCAUAUACCUAGGAGCCACCACCUUGUUCCUACCCAUUGUCUCCUAUGUCGUGUCUUCCAUCCAGAAUCCUUACAACAUCAGCCUUUACGCAGUAAAGGACAUAGUCAUCACAGCAAACUGUGAAGCACUCUUACACGUCCCCCUGGUUAUGCUGUGGAUUAGUUUUGUCCAGAUGGUUGGUACAAAUGCCACUGCAAUAGUUGCUGCCGAUUAUAGAGAGGGUCGAAGCAUUGCACCCUCUGCAGUGCAGCUUGUUCAAGCAAUAUGGACUUCCUACCUCGCCUACAUCACCAUGCAAUCAUAUAUAUCUACAUCCAUCUGAAUAUACCAACUGUUAUCAAACUUUUGUGGUUGCUCCGCAAGGGGGAAUUUUCUGGCAUGCACUGCCGUAUGUUCUUUUGUUACUACCAUAUGUUCUUACCUUGGCCAAAUUGAUCUUCAAGUACUAUGCAUGGUACAAGGCCAAGAGAUCAUUAGCACUUGGAUGCAAUCCUCGUCUCAUUGUUGGAUACAUGGAGCAAUUGCAUGAUGGAAUGUUUCACCAUGCCAAUCUAGCAAGUGAGCAUGUACCUCCUCCACUUAUAGUUAUGAGAGAGGAGAAUUUGCUGGUAGAGAAACAACCUCAUGGUUACAACUUGAUAAGGAUGGCCGACAGUGGUUUAGUGACCAUUGACAAAGUUUGGCUGUUGGAUGACACACUAAAUUCGUGGCUGACAACCCAGCACAAAGAUCUAUGCCUCUCAUUUGCAAUGUAUAAGCUAUUGCGGUGUCAGUUUGCAAGGUACAAAGUUAGUGAGACUAACUUUGCAAAAGCCAAUAAUUUUAGACGCCAUGUGUUGCUCGAGGAUAAGGAUGAUGAAAGGGUAUUUGGGGUGAUUGCGCAUGAGCUGUCAUUUCUUCAUGAUUAUUAUUAUACAUCCCUCCCAGUCUCAUAUGCAAAGAGUUGGCUACCCAUAGUGAGUGUAUUUAUCUCACUCUCAUGUAUCGGCUACUGCUUGUUCCCCAUCAUCAUUUUCAUAGUUACCAUCCCAGGUUUCAGUUAUGCGCAGAUUAUUUGUCAUCAAGUGCAUUGCCAUCAUGAAUCUGAUCCUCUACAUAUGCCUGGGAGUGGAGCAGAUGUGCAAUUUGGAAAAUUGUUCUAUGACCUUUUGCCACUAUAUCUACUUGUUGCACUAGUUGUGCUUGUUGAAGCGAGGGAGAUCGCUUCUUACAUGAGCUCCAAUUGGACCAAAGUAGCCCUGAUUUGUGGCUAUGUAAAGCAUACUUCUUGGCAGAAAUCUUCGGUGAUCCGUAAAUGCGUUGGCCUUGUGCUACGUACCAGAUGCAAGAUCAUGAAGCAUUGGGAGGACAAGAUGAACCAGUGCUCGAUCCUAGUGCUCCACGCAAGGAGAAACCCGGUGGCUCUUCUUCGACAUCUCCUUCAUCUGCCUGACCAGAAGAAGAAGGUGCCAAGACCGGUGAAAACCGCCGUCAUUGACACGGUGAGAAGGUACGAAAGAAUCAAGCGCCGAAGCAAUGGCACAACACCUCUGCAGCUACAAGUCAACGACGACCUCCUUUGGUCAUUCGAAGAAGCCAAGGGCACAUCCGAUGCCAUGCUUGUGUGUCAUAUUGCCACAAGCAUCCUUGAAGUGAGAUCACGUGGCCACAAGCAGCCUCUCUCUGACCAUGAGAUCGUCGCUACUCACUUGUCACAAUACUGCGCCUACUUGGUGGCCAAUUCUCCAGAGCUACUACCCGACGAUGCCGUGUGGUGCAGGAGCAUCUACGAGGCCGUCAAGAAGGAUGCCACGCGUGUCCUCCGGGACGGCGGCGAUCAGGUGUCGACGGCAACGCCCGAAGAAGAGCAUCAGCAGCUGUUCAAGCUGUUGAGCGGGCAGUCGAAGCACCAUGUGCUCAAGGAUGGCGGGGAGCUCGGGCGGCGGCUGGCGGAGCUGCCGGAAGGAGAGGAGGUGGCAUGGAAAGCCCUCGCGGAGUUCUGGUCGGAGACAGUCGUCUCUGUCGCCGCUGCUUGUGACAAUAUCGACGAGCACGCGGAGGCCGUCGCCCGGGGCGGGGAGCUGGUGACGCUCCUCUGGGCGCUGCUCGCCCAUGUCGGGAGCGUCCACGUCGACACCGCCGAUGCCGCUGCAACUCAUGGUGCUCCCGAUGCUGUUUAAGCGUGUUAUGUUAUGCAGUAGUAUUUGCUCUUCAUUUCAUUUGGUUGGUACCUUGCAAGCUGUUGCGUGUAAAUGUAAUGCUCUUUCUAGUGUUCUUAAAGAGUGCGUUAAUUGUUGCUAUUGUGACUGUCAUCUCAUUGGAAUUUCCUUUGUUUCCUCCUA